CAGCCACUGUGAGAUCAAUACUAGUAUUGAUUCUACACACAUACACUUUUUCCUCAGGUGGUCUGGGUUUUGCUUCCUUGGUUCCCGGCUUCAGCCUGUGACAGAGACAUCACUGUCUCAUUCUGAUAACAUGGAGCAGCUUAAUGUUUAGCUCAAGAUCCACACACACAUAAACACACACACACACACACACACACACACACACACACGCAUGCACACACAUAGGGAAGCAGAGGGAUUACAAAGCCACAGAGUCCCAUAUGCUGUCCGGGGAUGGAUGCAAGAAAGCUCAAUGUGAGGAGAGUGCGGGACGGUAAAGAACAAGGGACUGGUGUUGAAGAUGAAGCCUCAGCAGAAUCCAGUCAUCCUCUCUCUGCUUUUGCACGUCUCUAUAUGUACGCGCUGCAUGGCUGCCUCUGUGAGGUGGCCUUCACCGCUGUGUGGGACUGGUGCAGGACCCAGGACAGGAGACUGGCCGGUCACAGCAGCCUGUGGGCACUGCCCAUGUAUGCCACUGCAAUCUACCUCAUGGAGAGCCUGAGGGCCAUGCUGCUGGCUCAGCAUUACCCACUGCCUGUGCGGCUGACAGCCUACACCAUGUUCAUCUACCUGUGGGAGUUCAGCUGGGGGGUGGGGCUGAGGCUGCUGGAGGCCUGUCCCUGGGACUACUCAGAUCAUAGAUACAACCUGGGAGGACUGGUGACUCUGGAGUACGCGGUGCCCUGGGCUGUGGCAGCAUUUAUAGCAGAGCAGCAUGUAAUCAGGAACACUCUGAGGAUAAGGCUGCACAACUGAACAGAUAUCCCGAUGAUCUAGAAUUGUGUGCUUGCAAAAUUAGCAACAAAACAUUUUUUGACAUUGUUUGUAAAAACAUCUGGCUGCCUGACUUGUGACAAAUUAAAACUGACAGCUUCAAUUCAA